CAGCAAAAUACAUUUUUAUCUGUAGAUAUAGAUCUAUGUUCUACAAAUCAGACCCUGUGUUGUUAUUGAGCUCCUUUGAGUGCUUUGACCCUAACUCAAAUACCACUGGUCGGAUUUGGUUUAAAUAUACAAUUUAUGAUUUCUCGGGACAAAGGGGGUCUAUUCAGAGGACAUUUGCAAGGGGCUGCUACGGGGUAACCCAAAAAUGCCAGCCACUAAUUUUGGAAAAACUCUCAAUAAUUAAGGAAUCUAGUGAUUUCUUGUGUAGAGUGUUCAAUGGAUCAAAGAUUGUUGUACUUGGAUAGCAUCAAUGAUUUUCAGAUCUAGAGACAUCACAUUUGCCGUCCAGGCAUGCUCUCGGUGAAACCACCAAUUGCAAAAAUGUUCAAAAAUAUAAUUUUCUGAAAUUGAGAUUUCUGUCUUAGCCAUGAGAGACUUUUUCACAUUUCUCCCCUAUUCAAAGACCUAAAUAUUAAAUAUUUUUUAUGCUAACAGAUAUUCUAUUG